AAUUCACUUCGACACGCUAACAACAUGAACACCAUCACCGUCCUCGCUUUCUUCGGCCUUGUGGCCGCCGCCUGCGCCGGCUUCGUCGGUGGCUACGGCGGAUACGGCCACGGCCUUGGCUAUGGUCUCGGCUACGGACACGGCGUCGCUGUUGCUCCGGUUGCCGCUGUCCACAAGACCGUCGUCGCUCCCAGCUACAGCGCCGGAGCUCAUUAUGGCUCUGUCCACGCUGUGGGCCACGGCUACGGCCAUGGUUACGGCUACGGCCAUGGUUACGGCUAUGGCGGCUAUGGUCUUGGCUACGGACAUGGCCUCGGAUACGGCCACGGCCUCGGAUACGGUGUUGCUCUCAAGGGUGUCGCCGUCGGUCUUGGCUAUGGUCACGGAUACGGCCACGGCUAUGGCUAUCAUGGUUAAGCGUUAUUUCUUUUGACGGAGACUGGGAAAUAGGAUCUUCAAAUUGGCACCAGGCGCCUCGUGGGACAAGUGUCGUCGGGCAGGAGAAGCUAAUAAAAUUAUAUGCGAUGAAA